CUCCCCUCCCUCCCUCCCUCCCUCUCUCUCUCUCUCUCCUCCCUCCCUCUCUCGUUCUCUCAUGAAUGUCACCUCUACUGGUGGUAGCCGCUGGAAUUCACGCACACACACACGCACUCACACACACUCACACACACAUGCUGGUUCUGGGUGAGGGGGUGGGCUGUGUAGGUGAGGGUUGUUGGGAGAAAGAGAGAAAGAGCAAUAGAAAGAGAGAGAGAGAGCAUGUCAGAGGAGACGUGAAGAGAAAUCUUUCUCUUUCUGUCCAUUCUUUUAUCCGUCGCCGGCCGGUCUUCCAUCCCUCCAUCGUGGGCUCCUAUGUCCUGCCUGCUGUGUGUCGCCUCUGGAUCUAACUACAUUGGAUUACUCUUCCGGCUUUUCAUCUGGCUGUUUUUUUUUUUUUCUUUUUCGUUUUUUUUCUUUUUUUUCUUCUUUCCCGGAGAGAGAAGCAAAGUUUGACUGCACAUGAGGGAUUUCAUGGUGUGACCAUCUACUGAUCUAUCAGUGGACUGCUUCUCCUGGUCGCUCCGAAUCUGAUUCAUCCACUACCACAGUUUGUCAUUUGUAAGCAAAUAGUUUUUUUUAUAUAUAUAUAUUAUUAUAACCAUUGUCUUUUUUGGAGCAAAUUUUCUCGUGUUGUCAUUUCCGUGUUUGCGGAGAGAACUUUUCGUGCUUGAGGAGAGCGGCGUGUCCUAGCCUGGAUUGUUUACUUGACAGAGAACAAAUCCUCCCGCAAGCUCUGAGUCUCGGCUGAGAGCGACGAGCUUAAGUUUACCUUUACCUCUGCCCGUGGUUGGGAGCCUUCACAAGCACGAUGACAUGGGAGGUGAGGUGGUUCCGAGGACCAUGUCGCAAUUGCUGGUUUUCCGUCCCGACGGACUGCCCUUUUAUAAAAAUGUGACCAAACUCUCAUCCGCUUUUUCUUUACGGACAUUUCUGAACAUUGACUUGUAUAGUGUAUUUUUGUUAUCGUUUUUGUUUUCUUUAUUUGCCUGUUUUUUUGGGCUGGGUUUACAUCGAGAGUGAAGGGCAAAACCUUUGUUGACUGAGUCUAGCCAGAGAUCGGUGUUUCUACCUGAUCCUGCUUUGGGGAAACCCUACUUGCUUGAGUGACUGCCUUGAACCUCGCACUACCCUCACAAGGGGGGUCUGUCUUUUUCUGGGGCUUCUGUGAGACGAUCUAACCAGCAGGGGGGUGUGAGGCCAGAACAGACCCCCCUCCCAAAGGUGAGAGGGGGGGAAGAUGGCAGCUCUUGCCAGCUCUCUUAUUCGACAGAAACGGGCCGUCAAGGACGACUCCGCCAACCGACCGCAACCCAGCAAGCGUAAAGUCUGCCAAAAGAGCAACAAGUCCCUUUGCCAGAAACAGAUCCUUGUUCUCAUCAAUAAAGUUCGAUUAUGUGGUGGUCGAAGAAGAAGGCCAGAAUUAAGACCGGAGCCUCAGCUCAAAGGCAUUGUUACCCGUCUAUACAGCCAGCACGGGUACUACCUCCAGAUGCAGCCAGACGGAACUAUGGACGGCACAAGGGACGAGAGCAGCUCCUUCUCACAGUUCAACUUGAUUCCAGUGGGCCUGCGGAUAGUGGCGAUCCAGGGGGCGAAGACUGGGCUCUACCUGGGCAUGAACAGCGAGGGGUUCCUCUACACGUCGGAACACUUCAACCCGGAGUGCCGCUUCAAAGAGAGCGUGUUUGAGAACUACUACGUCACCUACUCCUCCAUGCUGUACAGGCAGAGCCAGUCAGGCCGCUCGUGGUACAUCGGCAUCAACCGCGACGGCCGGGUCAUGAAGGGCAACCGCGUGAAGAAGACCAAGGGUGCCGCCCACUUCCUGCCCAAAGUCAUUGAAGUCGCCAUGUACAAGGAGCCUUCGCUGCACCAGCUGGUCGGCGAGCUGAGCCCUCCGUGCAAGACGGUGAAGACGUCUGACACGCCAUCGAAACAGAACGGCAAGAAAGAGGCCCCCAAAGCAGACGCAUCAUAACACAGGGGCCCCUGGCCAGGGGUAGGGGCAGCAGUGACACAGAGAAACUCAAUCUCCCACGAUGCACUGGGAGGUAGGAGGAGCAGCAGCAGCAGCAGCAGCAGCAGUGGCGGCGGCAACCGCAGCAGCGGCCAAACAACGGGAGAUGCGCUGGCCUCACGUGGGGCAACCAGGCGCUACGAAAGAAGGUCACCAGGACCGAGCCAACGUCAACCGAGAACGGGCGGUGGAGAGAGAUGAAAAGAGACAACCCCGUUGCCGUGGAGAUCUCCGCCCGGAGCAGGCUAGCAGCACCCAGGCCCUAUGAGGCCCCGCAGAACAGACACCAGACUCCGUCCGAUCUCCCUUGCUCUUGUCACUCACUCUAACUCGUCUGCCCUGUGCCCUGGCCCCUCCAUCCCAAUGCCUGCACCGCACCUCCCAGCGCUCUCCAGCACCCAGCACAGGUCUAUAGCCUGGUUCCGUUUCUUCUGUCUCAGACAACAGGAGAACAUUUUUGUUGUUUUUCUAUUCUUUUCUCUUCUUUUCCUUUUUUAUAUUCAUUUAAUCUUACUGACAAGUCUGAAAAUUCAAUAAGUGUACACAAGCCAGGGAAUUGAUGGUGAAGUGAAAGCUCAGUGAUGAUCUGAAGAGUCUUUGGUGUCAAGAGAUCAUUCAUUGCCAUUUUGCACGCAUUAUUUAGUUGCUGAUCCCCCCCCCCCAACCCUAACCUCCCUGGAUGUGUGAAUGUGCUCUGCAUGAAUGCAGAUGGGUUUUGUGUCAAUAAACUUGUGUGGUAGAGAG